UACAGUGGUGGCGACGCACGAUUUACCAGCGAUUUAUGUUCAUACGCGGGAAACCUGGUGCAGAGUUUAAAACAAACAUCAAAAAUGGGUACGACGAACGCACAAACCAAUUCAGGACACGAUGAGGAUCACUCGAGGGGAAGUUCGAUUGACGCAUUCUUCGCUGAGACAGUGAUUCUUUUAACCGGCGCUACUGGCUUCUUAGGAAAAGCUCUUCUAGAAAAGCUGCUACGUUCGUGUCCCCGGAUAGCCACAAUUUUCGUUUUAAUCCGUCCAAAAAGAGACCUAUCUGUUGAGCAACGUUUUAAGGAACUACUGAACAAUCCCGUUUUUGACAGAAUACGAUCGGAAUUUCCGGGUACCUUGAACAAGAUCUUUCCCAUAAAAGGUGACGUGGGUCUGUCAGAGCUAGGGCUCCAGCCCGAAGACAGGGAUAUGCUGAUACAGAGAGUUAACAUCGUGUUUCAUAGUGCAGCCACCGUGCGUUUUGAUGAGCCGCUGAAAAUCGCCGUUAAUUUGAACUUGGUGGGUACAGAUCGUAUGCUGGAUUUGUGCAAGCGCAUGACAAACCUUAUUAGCGUUAUUCACGUCAGCACGGCCUACUGUAAUGCCGAUCGACUGGAGAUUGAAGAAUCGAUAUACAUCACGGAGAUGAAGCCGCACACGGUGAUCGAUAUGUGCGAAAAUUUGGACAAUGAAACAUUAAAAAUAAUAGAGAAGAAAUUAAUCGGCAAACAUCCGAAUACGUAUACGUUGACGAAAGGUUUGGCGGAGCAGAUCAUAGUGUCUAAAGGAAGCGGUUUACCAAUCGCUAUUGUACGACCAAGUAUAGUCUGUGCCGCGUAUCAAGAACCAUUUCCAGGAUGGAUAGAUAAUACUUGCGGUAUUACAGGUAUAUUGACAGAGAUUAGUAGAGGUACUGUUAGAAGUAUUAUGUGUAACGCAAAUUUAGUGGUAGACGUUGUACCUGUCGAUUUUGUUGUCAAUGCGUUGAUUUGCGCAUCUUGGCAUAAUUUUGCGCAACAUACUGAUACAAUAAGGAUUUACAAUUGUAUCAGCAGCGCAGUUCAUCCGAUUACAUGGGGCGAAUUUGGAUAUCUCGCCAUAAAACACGCUAUAGAAUCACCAUCGAAAUACGUGAUGUGGUAUCCGGAUGUCACAUUUAGGACAAACAAAUUUAUUCACACUAUCAUAGUGGCCACAUUGCACUUUUUACCUGCAUUCAUCGUAGAUCUGAUAUUAAGGGUCCAAGGUUAUAAACCUAUAAUGAUGAAAAUCACAAAACGAUUUCAACGUGCCGCUAAAACCGGAGAAUUCUUCGCGACGAACGAGUGGAAAUUUCAUCUUUGUAAAAACAUUGAAGAGUGUAGCAACUUUGACGUGGAUAUUAGAAACGUAGAUUGGGACAUGUACUUACAUCAAUACAUAUUAGGAAUACGAAAGUAUAUUUUGAAAGACAACCUAGACACGUUAAGUAACGCCAAAAAUCGAUUAUUGAGGUUAUAUUGGAUGCAUAAAGUUUCUAAAAUACUUAGUAUAUUCAUGUUAUUAGGAAUAAUCAGAUGCGUCGGUCGGUGAUGUCAUCGAGAGCUUAAAUUGCGAUUCGUGUGAUUUGAGAAACGUUAUAAAAAUAGUAAGAAGAAAUAUCAUGAGAAGAAGCUUACUGAAGAAGUGACUUACGCCUUAUCUUGAAUACUAAAAUCUUCGUCAAGUACUAAUAUACUAAUUAAUCAGAUAUUGACGGAAGGAAGAAGAAUAUUUGGAAAAAUAUUAAAUAUAGGAUUCUACAAAUCUAAAAACACGAUAGUGGCUCGGCCAAGCGCAGCGACACUGUCGUGGUAUUAUAGACUUGGCCAUGAGUAUGUAUAAAGCAUCCUCUUGAAAAGAGCAAUAAAUAAAAGUCACAAAAAAACUAACAAUAUUAAUAAAAUAUAAAUUAUACA